GUAGUCAGUCGACAGCCGCGAGCGAAGGAGCGUGCCACGUUCGCUUGUGCCGCAACGCGUUCGCUUUGUUGACGUUUUAAUUCCUUUGUAUUUAAAUCUAUAUAGGUAUAUAUACACAUAUAUCGUGGGUUUUUCAACCGGUUUUUUAAAGAACCGCGACGACUCCGAUUCGCGUCCACUAUUCGGCGGACGUCUCCAGUUGUCGGGCUCGCAGUGAUUCGCUCGCAUUCUCGUUGUUACAACAUUACAUGGAUACGUGUCCGAUUAUCACCCCCUGCCAAUUACAUACUUCGUAUAUAUCAGUGUGCCGUCUUCCGACGUACGGAUUCAGUGCUGUGCGUGUGAUAAUGCGACAACAUUUUCAUUGUUAUCGAUAAAAAAAAAAAAACCUCCGUGACGUCCUCCUCGUUGCGUUUCAACCGCUAUCGGUGGAUGAUAGCGCUUCUUCGAAUUAAUCUAAUUAAUUUUAAUCUCCGAUCAUAAUCUUAGCACGAUACGAAUAUCUCAGGUCUCUACCUGUUCCCUGCAGAGGUCGGUGUAAUUAACUGUCGAUCGUCGUGGUCAAUAACUUCGGAUUUCGAUGACGAAUUUCCGAUACGGAUAAUCGAGCAACUGCGGUGAUAUCAUCAUGGACGGACCGAAAACGUGAACUCGAAUACGCGAGACAUCACCUGGGAGAAUAAGAAGAGACAGACUUGGGGAACCCUGAGAAGAAUAGGAAAAAAUCGCAUCCGCCCUAGGUUUCCCAGUUGCACCUUGAGAUCACGUCUACUUUAUACUCCGGAGGUGCGGUAUUGACGGAUAGGGGGUGAAAAUCCGAUAGGAUAUUUGUAUUUUUUUUUUUUUUUCACUAGCGGAGAAGGAAACUGACGUGAUUCAUUGCACGGCAGUCGACUGAAAACGGAGAGAUAUUCUCACAUUGCAGGUUUCGCGAUGAGAUGACAUCUUUUCCAACGCUGGAGGCUGCGGUUUGUGAUGCUGUUGCAUACGGAGGAGGAGUUUAGAAACCAUUGAAACAUAUCGCAUUAUACGUGUAUGACACGUAUAUGUUGUUACAGUAAUAGGAUUAAAUCAAAUUUCUAGUGCAUGGAGUUGCAGUGGAGAUGUGAAUGAUAAUAUUCGUGCAUUAAGUAUAGUAUGGAGAGUUACGAAUUGUGAAAUCGUGUUUCUAAGUGAGUGUUUGUGCCAUACAACAGUAAUUCGUGCAUUACAAUCAUGAUCAAUCGUCGCCGGAGUGUGUAGAGAAAAAAAAACGAAAGAAGAUAUCAAUUUUAUUGUGAUACAUAUCGUGAUCCACAUAUCUAAUCCAAUCGUAAUAACCAAAAUCAAUCAAUAGGUAUUGUUGAUCGACCGAUGUAAAAAAGGUAGCUGACGGUGUGAUAUGAUAAAAUAGACAAAAAAAAAAAAAAAAAUUAGGAAAAAGAAACUUAAUAUCAAAAAAACCUUUAAAAAAUAGUGCUCAAAGUAUAGUCAAAUCAAUUAUUGAGGGGUUGGAAAACGGACCAUUGAUUAACAAAAUAAUUAGAAAAUCUAAAAACAUAAAAUCGUUUUAAAAAAAAAAUGUUGCUCAGGUAACCCCCCGAUUUUUGUUCUAAACGAGGUUUUUUAAAAACGAAUUUUUAAACGAAUAAAUGAUUCGUGUAAAUUAGUUCGAAUAAACGAAAACAAAGAAGCGAAAGAAAAAAAUUAUUUCAUCGCGAUGAAGUUGAAGUUGAAAAUUGCGGUGCUCGCUUGCGCGGUGUGGUUGACUGUUUGUUUUUUACUUUAUACCGAAGACGGAGCUGCGGUGGCGGCACAAAGACAUGCGGCACCCUCAGGAGUCGCUGCGCCACAAGUUGCCAACGGUUUUGUACCACCGGCGCUUCCACCCCGUCGGGAUACUCCUGUCAAUGGACAGAGUAGGUCGAAGUUGAACCAAAACCAAGCCGGACCCGAGCAAGGUGGCGGUGUUCUCGCCGCCCCCAGGGAACUGGACGCGUCCGCACCCGGGGAAAUGGGACGCCCGGUAACAUUGCCAGCGAAUCUUACCGCCGAAACUAAAAAGUUAGUCGAUGAUGGAUGGCUAAAUAACGCGUUCAAUCAAUACGCCAGUGAUCUCAUAUCCGUACACCGCACUUUACCGGACCCCAGGGAUCAGUGGUGCAAAGAGCCGGGGAGAUAUUUGACCGAUCUUCCAGCGACAGCGGUUAUCAUUUGCUUCCACAACGAGGCGUGGUCGGUUCUUUUGAGAACCGUGCAUUCCGUUUUGGAUCGUUCGCCGGCACCUUUGCUACAAGAAAUUAUUUUGGUCGACGACUUUUCCGAUAUGCCGCAUCUGAAACGGCAACUGGAGGAUUACAUGAUGAACUAUCCAAAGGUAAGGAUCAUCCGAGCUCCGAAGAGGGAGGGUUUGAUCAGAGCGCGACUCCUCGGUGCCGCGGCAGCCAAAGCACCGGUACUCACUUACCUGGAUAGCCACUGCGAGUGCACCGAGGGUUGGCUCGAACCACUUCUCGACCGCAUUGCUCGCGAUUCCACGACCGUCGUUUGCCCGGUCAUCGACGUCAUCGACGACUCGACGCUCGAGUAUCAUUGGAGGGAUUCAGGAGGCGUUAAUGUCGGCGGAUUUGAUUGGAAUCUCCAGUUCAAUUGGCACGCUGUACCGGAACGUGAAAAAAAGAAACAUAAAAAUUCGGCGGAACCAGUUUGGUCGCCCACAAUGGCUGGCGGACUUUUUUCCAUAGAUCGUGCAUUUUUUGAAAAAUUAGGCACGUACGACAGUGGUUUCGAUAUUUGGGGUGGUGAAAAUUUGGAACUCUCCUUCAAGACCUGGAUGUGCGGCGGCACUCUGGAGAUCGUUCCUUGCUCCCACGUUGGACACAUCUUCAGAAAAAGAUCACCUUACAAAUGGCGAAGUGGGGUCAACGUACUGAAAAGGAACAGCAUCCGUCUCAGCGAAGUAUGGCUCGACGAAUACGCCAAAUAUUACUAUCAGAGAAUAGGUCACGAUAAGGGAAAUUACGGAGACGUGUCGGAUCGCAAAACGUUGAGAAAGAAGCUCAACUGCAAGUCCUUCAAAUGGUACCUCGACAACAUCUAUCCCGAGUUAUUCAUACCUGGAGAAGCUGUCGCUUCCGGAGAGGUGCGAAAUCUUGGAGAGGGCGGUGCUACGUGUCUCGAUUCUCCGGCACGAAAAGCGGACUUGCAUAAGCCCGCUGGACUUUACCCUUGUCAUCGGCAGGGCGGAAAUCAGUACUGGAUGCUCAGCAAGACCGGAGAGAUUCGCAGGGACGAAUCUUGCCUCGAUUACAGCGGAACUGACGUCAUUUUAUAUCCCUGUCACGGGAGCAAGGGGAAUCAACAGUGGAUUUACGAUCCUCAGACAAAACAAAUCAGACACGGAAGCAGCGACAAAUGUCUAGCGAUAACGGAGAGCAAACACCGUUUGCUCAUGGAAGAAUGUUCGUCUUCGGCACCCCGUCAGCGAUGGUCUUUUGAAAAUUAUGAUCCUUCGAAACUGUGAUACCGGGCAAUUACCGAUUACGAGUUAAGCCGUCAACCUCAGCCGCAUCUACAACUUCAAUCUCGCCAUCGUUCGGAAGUUUCCGGUUUCUGGGUUGCCAGUCAACGUUAUUCCGUUGCUAGAACUCGAUUCGGAAGAUAGGCCAGCGCUGAGAAUUUGAAGUUGAGUUUAGAUUAAGUAUAAACUUGAAAUUGCGAAAUGUUAGUCACGAAUUACGACGUCUUUAGAAUUUGGUGAAAUUCAUUUCCGGCAAAACCAUCAGCGAGCUUCUUUAUCACCUUAUUAUUUUCUCUCAGAGCGUUUUCUCUGAGCUCUUGCGAGAGCUUUUUGUAAAUAACGUUAUAUAUUUCGAGUUGUAAUUCAGCGAUGCUUGUAAAUAGCAAAUUAUUAAUAAUUCCCUAGGCUGAUUGUUUUGCCGAGAAUAUUAUUUAUUAACAAUUUUUCUUACGGCUCAAAGUCACCGCAAAAAAACUUGGACUGAUGACUCAAGGUAACGUUCUCAUAUUAAUCUGAAACUCAUCUAUUCAUACACUUUUAAUAAAUCAAUCGAAUCGAACAACUUCGCAUGUUCUUAGAUCGAUUUAGGCUUGAAAAAAAAAAAUUAAUAAAUAAAUAAAUGGAAAUAAAUCCGAAAUCUUUUUGGCUUUCGCGAAAACAAGGCACUGAAGUACCAUGUUAUAUAAUCGAUCGUGGCUUCACACCGUUCGAGAAAAAAUAGAAAGAAAACUCUCGGGGGGAAAAUAAAAGAGACCCGUCUGUGUCUUCCAGUCUCACUAAUUACAACGCGCGAGAACCCGUGCGCCGCAAUUAAAUAAAUCGCACUCAUCGAUCCCUCUUUUCUAGCAGUAUACGAAAAAUAUACCCUCGCAAUUGCGCCCGCAGUUUGAGCCAUCGCGCGCUACCUACGUUCUGGCGAUCUGAUAAUGGCGCACUUUGUCGGCGAAAGAAAGUAUUCCAAGUAACUCGUGUUUUAUCUAUUACAUAUCUGUGUUAAGUCACAAAAUGCAUUUAUCGUCUACCUUAUCGUUUAUUGUUUGCAUUUGUUUUAUUUUUAUUUUUACUUGCUAUUCCAUUCGUUGUCUCUAUCGUUUAUAUAGCUUCGAGAUAUCUGAAACAUUACGAUUCGUUCUAGUGUCCUUUAAUAAAGUGCCAUAAUGAGCCGCUUAGAACGUUCGAAAAUUAAUAUUUAUUCUACGCUCUUUCGAAAAGUAUCAUCCAUGUUUUGUCAAAGACACAAAAAAUUACUUUCGAUUCGUAUUAUCAUCCCAGUUUAUUUUCCCGGUCAAAUCUAAGAUAUUAUUGGCCGUGGUGAUUUUAUAUAAAAAGAAAUAAGACGUACACGGUUAUGAAUGGACCGAAAAAUACGGUUCUUCUUUUAAACGUCAUUACAAUAACGGUUGCAUGAAAUAGUAUCGUAGAAUAAGUUUCUCAAAACUAAAAGAACUUUUCUAAAUUUCUACCCAGCGUAUAACGUUCGAAUGUAUAGUGAGCAUUACUCUCGAUUAAUAGAGUAUCGUAUAUCUCUUCGUUAUCUACAUAUCAUAGUGAUUAUUGUAUAAAAAAUUACUUCAGAUAUUUCUCCUUAUCUACCUACGUUCCAAGACUCGCUGAAAAAUAUUUGUACCACAUUAACGAAGCAUCAUUCGAGACACCGAACGAUUUCGUUACCGAUUUCGAUGGUGACGUCUUCUUUUCGAACUUACAAAAUUUCGAGAACCGAGAAUCGAUCGAGAUUUCCCACUAUUUGGGUCUUACGGCGUUGAAAAAACAAUAUCUUUUGAAAUUAAUCGAGUGUUUCUGUUGGAGCAUACAAAGGUUGUUUCCGCUCGAUGUGUCGGAUGAACAAUAUUCAUUGCAAAUGAUUUUUAAGUCUUUCAAACACAUUUCAAGACGUGAACGUAGAGAAGAGAUUUUCAUCUAACAAUAAGUUAUAACUAGCCAACUUUAAUAAAUCCAUAGACACAUUAUGCGUUUUUUCUUAUAUUUUCGUGAUGAAAUGUACAUCGAUUCCUUUUUCCGAGACAUGAGUAAAAAGAUAACAUGUCAUUAGACUACUCCCCGCAAUGAGAACUACGGUAUUAUUCCAUAUCGCAUGGCGUAUAUUUAUAAUACUUAUCAUCAAAUACAUUUCUAACAUCUCUAUUAUCAAUAAUUAUUAUCACUGUAAUAACUAGAAUAAUAACGAUAACAAUAAUAAUAAUAAUAUUAAUAACAACAAUAACAAUAAUGAUAAUAAUCAUCGUCAUCAUUAGCGAUAAUUGACGACUCGAAAUAUUGUUAUAUGUUAUAAAAUAUAAAUGUACCAUAUCAGAAUGUGUAUUCGUAUAGGUAUAUUAGUAUAUUAUUAUACGAUAGUUAAUGUCUAUUUAAUUGAAUGCUCUAAUUAUUAAUACUUUCAGAAAAAAUUUGCAUUCCUUAUGAUUAAAUUACGUACGUACACACAAAAAAAAGAGAACAGAUGUUCGUGGGCAAAAUAUGAGAUGAAACAAAAAAAAAGCAACAUUGAGGGAGGUAAAAGCAAAAAAACUACACCAUAUAAACAUUCCAAUGUUAGUUUUUGUACAUUUGAACUGUAAGAUAUCCACCGUAGAAAAAUAUAAUAAAAGAUAUUAAGGUAGAUCAUAAUAUCAUGAAAAACUUUCAAGAGGAUAGUUUAAUAUAAAAAUAUUUUUAGAUGUAAGGUAGGUACGCGUGACAGAAGACAAAUGGAACUUUGACGAUCCUGUCGUAGCCACGAUAUGAUCUUUCGAGAGCAAAAUGUUGCGAGAGUCAGACAAGGGCGUUCUUGUAAUGGCUCAAAAAAAAUUCGUUAUCCGUGAAAUACUUCGGUAUCGAUUACACGACACUGUGUUUGAUCAUAUAUUUCCAUCCUAAUGUCGAGAGACUUAUUAAACAUCGGUAAGAAACUUUAAAUUAUAUAUCACCGCGACAGAAGUGCCACUAUUGUUUUACUAACUAAUUAUCCAAAUCAAGUGUGCAAAAUGCUGCUAGAUGAGUAAAAGGAUUAGGGGGCUCAAUAAUAAUUGUUAUCAAAUAGAUAAUUAAAUGAUGUCACGGAUCGUUAAACUCUGAUCUCGGAAUAAGAAAAAUUAAAGAAUGAAUCGAAAGAAACAAAUGCUGACAAGGAAUUAUGAAGUAUUGUGUAUAAUGAUAAUGAAAAUGAUAUUAUUACGAUUAGUACGAAUUAUAAUAAGUAUAAUAGUAUCAAUGAUAAAAACGAAGUAAUCGUUAACGAGAAUGAUGAUUGAAUAAUAAUAACAAUAAUAUUAAUAUUGAUUACGUAAGAAUUUCAUGGAAAAAUAUUAUAAGUUACGAAUAUAGGAAAUGGCAAUUACUUAAUUAGUUGUUUAAGAGGACUAGGAAUUUUCAUGCGAUAAUUAUUACACAUACAUAUGUGCGUUGUGGAGUGAGACGUUUAAAAUUAUUUCGUUGGUUUUUAAUCGUUAAAAGAAGUAAAAUAAUCAUUUCAACAAAAUAUGUAUAUACUGUUAGCCAUGAGUUUGGAGAAAUUUGUCAAGUUGUAAUAUUAAUUUCGAAAAAGGAAAAAAGAAGAACUAUAAUGAUUUUGAAAUAAUUUUUCACUAUGAAAAGUCAAAGUAUAUCUAGUUAACGUCCUCUCUCGUAUUAAAAUCGUAUGUAUUUUGUAUAUAGUAUGGAAUAUAACUUUUUCGCGAAGAAAAAAAAAAAUCAAUAUGUAUGUGUAUCUGUUCUUGACAUAAUAUAAAUUUCUGAUAAAUGAUUUGAAUAAAAAAAUAUAUUGAUAAUUACCCAAAAUAAAUAAUAUAGUGAAUAGGUCUUAAGUAUUCACAUGUAAGUAUGUCAAUGAUGAAACUAAAUGCGAAUCGGCGUCGAUUAAUUUAUCUUUACGUAGGAUAGAUUUAUACACGCCCAUCGAAUAAAUGAAUCAAAUUUGUACUACACAUGAUUAAAGAUAUUUGAUGAAGUAAAAUAGAAAAACGAAAAACUGUGAACGAAAAAAAAUUUUCUACUCAUUAGCGCGGAGAUGUAACGAAUAACAUAUCGUCAAGCAUAACGAGGUGACAUGCAGAAAACGACGUGUGAAAUACACACGUUAUUCUCACCUCGUCGGUUCUAUUAUAAAUAAUUUGAUAAACAUAAAAAUGUACGUGCGGUCCACUCGAAACGUAUCGAUUAGCAACAAUUUAUAUGCGUACAGUGGGUUGCACUAAUUAAUGUAAUAUCAACUGUGCCUUAUUUCAUGUAUAUAUAAAUUAAAAUAUUGUAACUCAAUUAUGAUAUGCAAGCAUUUGUGUUGAAUAAAUCGAUGUUGUUUUAUGUUA